AUGAUAGGCGAGCAUGACGAGCCAGAACAGCAUGGCUCCGCGCAAGACCUGACACCCGAGUGGGCCGCCUCCGCUCUUGGUGAACACGAUGGUGGCGGCAACGCGCCUGACGCCAGCCAACACCAUUCCCUUAAAUACCACCUGCUCGGCCCUUCGCUCACAAAGAGCGGUCAGGACGGCGUAGAUCAAAAGAAGGUUUCAGAGAUCAUCUACAAUGCAUCGAAAGGGAGCAAGUACUUCAACAAUGAAGAAAACAAGGACAAGACUCUCACGAUUAAGAUCAACAGUAUACUGGCCAGGAAGCGCGACUUGCAGCGCGUCGAGGCGGCCGGCGGGUUGAAAAAGGAGUUGAAGAAGGCAGAUGAUUAUAUUACAGAGCUGGAAUACAGUCGAAACUUGAGUCAGGCCAUAGUUCACAUAGACUGUGAUGCUUUCUAUGCUGCCGUUGAGGAACUGGACCAUCCGGAGCUCAAAAAUGUCCCUUUCGCCGUCGGCAAAGGCGUCUUAACUACCUGUAAUUACGAAGCAAGGAAAUUCGGCUGUAGAUCUGGUAUGGCAGGCUUCGUUGCGGACAAGCUCUGUCCGCAGCUCAUUCAUAUUCCAUUGAACUUUGAGAAAUAUACCGCGAAAGCGAAGGAGGUCCGCGCUGUCCUCGAGCAGUACGACCCUAGAUUUGAGUCGGCUUCGAUCGACGAAGCAUAUCUCAACAUCACGAACUACUGCGAGGAGCACAACAUUAGCCCCGAAGACGCCGUGAGCCAGAUGCGCGCCCAAGUCUUCGAAGAGACCAUGAUUACCAUUUCAGCUGGCAUAGCUGCUAAUGCGAAAUUGGCCAAGAUUUGCAGCAACAAGAACAAGCCCAAUGGGCAAUUCAAAUUGGCCUCCGAACGAACCGCGAUCAUGAACUUCAUGAGAGAUCUUCCGACUCGCAAAGUCAAUGGCAUCGGCCGCGUAUUGGAGCGUGAACUCGAUGCAAUUGGAGUCAAGACCUGUGGCGACAUCUACGAGCAAAGGCAUUAUCUCAAUGCUCUCUUUGGGGACAAAACAUUCGAGUUCCUGAUCGGCGUCCACCUCGGCUUGGGAAAGACUGAUGUGCGGCCUGCGGCAGAAUACGAGAGGAAAUCAGUAGGGACAGAGUCUACAUUCCACGAUAUGUCGGAUCCGAAGGAAUUGAGAGACAAGCUACGAAAGACGGCGGAAGAACUCGAGAAAGAUCUGCAGCGGACCGAGUUCAAAGGGCGAACACUUUGCCUGAAGAUCAAGCUGCACACGUAUGAGGUCUUCACCAGACAGAUCCAACCACCAAAGGCUGUUCAUACGGCCGAUGACUUGUAUCAUUAUGGACUCGCGAUGUUGCAGAAAUUGGAAAAAGAGUUUCCUGGCAUGAAAUUGCGCUUGAUGGGCCUACGAUGUACGCACCUAGUGUCCAUGAAGAAAGGCCCGACCGACUUCUUCGGACGCGCCAGGCACGCGAAUUCAGAGCCAUCAAAUGGCGAGGAACCUGCCACUAAAGUCCAGGUCGAUGCGGAAGGUUGGCAGAAAUGGCCAGACGACGAGUUUGAAGAGGCUGUUCGACUAGAGAGAGAAGAACUACUCGAGGUAGAGCGACUAUCCCAGGAACAUGCGGAGCGAGAAGGGCAGCAGUCUCGGGCAGAAGAAGGCCCACACGACUAUGGCAGAUACGCCAACGGCUUCGCGUGGCGGUCUCUACUCGAGGAGGAGGCUCGGAAAGACGAAAUACCACCAAAGCCACGUGAGCAAUGGAAUUGUCCGAUCUGCAGCUUGCCGCAACGAGCUGAGGAGGGCAUUUUCAAUGCGCAUAUUGAUGGAUGUCUGUCGAGACAAACUAUCAAGGAGAUCGUCAAAGAAGCCACGCCGGCAUCAAAGCCAUUACAUCCACUAAUGCAAGGUAGCACCACCAAGCGGAAACGUGGCAAACCCGGCUCAAAUGGAGUGGACAGUGAAAAGAGACCGAAGAACUUCUUCAGUUGA